GCGAUUCAUUCUGCAGUGGAAACGUAACCUUGUGGACGGCAGCUUUUAGUCAAACACCGCGACUGCUACACAAAGCAUAUAUGUAUAUCUGUUUCUAUGUGAAAAGUAGGAACAUACUGGAUUUAAAAUUGUGAUAUUUAGUUUAAGUGUGCCAAAUAGAUAACCAUGGAAGACGAUCAGCAGUUUUGUUUACGGUGGAAUAAUCAUCAAUCCACAUUGGUAUCUGUUUUUGAUACCUUACUAGAAAGUGGAACUCUGGUUGAUUGUACCUUGGCUGCGGAGGGAAAAUAUCUCAACGCACACAAAGUAGUCUUAUCCGCCUGCAGCCCAUAUUUUGAGUCAUUAUUGUCCAAACACUAUGACAAACAUCCAAUACUUAUACUCAAAGACGUUAAAUUCCAAGAACUUAAAGCCAUGAUGGACUAUAUGUACAGAGGAGAAGUGAACAUAUCACAAGAUCAAUUAGGAGCAUUAUUAAAGGCAGCAGAAUCUUUACAAAUAAAAGGCCUUUCAGACAAUAGAAAAGGGGGCGAUGUUAAACCAGCAGCCCCCAUACAACCUAAAAGUCCUCAGCCAGCCUCAACGAUACCAAAAGUACAAGGCCUAACGAUAGAACAACGGACGAGAGAUGAUAGUAGGGAAGGGUCGCAGUCACCUGGGCCAAGGAAGAAAAAACGUAUAAGGCGGAAGAGUGAAGAUUUGGAUAAUCAUGACGUUCAUUCAAAUUCUUCAGAGUCACAUAGUAAUCAUGGACCUACCGCCCAAAACAUUCCGUUACCUGCCCCUUCCAAGUUAGCUGCCGAUGUGCCUGAACCUUUAGAAACCAAAUCUGAAAUUAUUCUUAGGCAUAAACCAAGUGACGAAAUGAUCCCUCAAGUUCCUAUCAAAGAAAAAAUAGAAACACAUACAGAACUGAUGCUAGAACCAAAGUCUGAAUAUGUUGAGGAAAUGAAUGAGGACAGUAUUGAAGAUUUGACGUUAGAUGAUGAUGAUAUGAGUAAUAUGGAGCAUAUGGGUGACGGGGCUGGGCCAAGUCAUGGCAACAUGGGUGAGGGAUCAAGCCAAGGUUUUGGUUCUUGGCACCUAGGUAAUCAAAGUCAAGAUGAAGUGUUCUUAGCGGCACAAGAGGCCGUUGGUGCGCAUCGAGAUUCACAAGCCAAGGAUAUGUCGAUUAAGUGGCCUCCCCAUAUAGCCUUGCCCAUGCUGCUUAUGAGGGAAAGCUUGAGGGAGUCCAUGAUUCAAACUCUGACUCAGACGGCUCCGAAAUCUAAUAAGACGGCUCUGAAUAAUUCUCUUCCCGAAGGACCAGGGCACGCCUGCAAGAAUUGCGGAAGGGUUUAUAAGCUGAAGAGUUCCCUGAGGAACCAUCAGAAGUGGGAGUGCGGUAAGGCACCACAGUUUAGAUGCGACUUCUGCUCUUACAAGGCCAAGCAGAAAAUGCACAUGUCCAGGCAUAUGGAGAGGAUGCAUAAGGAUAUAGAUUAUUCCGCUAUUAAAACUGAGACGACAAAAACUGCAAGUCCUACUUCUUCAGAGUAGCGAUGUCGUUUAAUAGUUCGAAUCGUGGUCUAUCUUUAUUCUGGUAAUCGUUAAUUUGUUAAAAUUGUUCCUACGCAGAUUGAAUAAUAUCAUCAGGGAGACAGAUGGAGAAUAUUCUACUCUCAGUGUCCUUGAAAGGGAUCAAAAACACUGAGAAUGAGGUUAUCUUCGUCUCUCCAUAUUCCAGAAUGAUUAUGUAUAAUCUGUUCAUCCUUCACACUCGGAAAUAUUGGAUUGAGGGAAGGUUAUUUCAUUUUUUCUUGAAUCAUUCAGACUUUUGGAUUGAUUCAGCCACAGAGAUGUGGAGUCCCAUAAAAAACCGGAUAUUUUACGUUAUUAUUGUUAGUAUCGUAACAAAUGGAACUUCUGAAUCGCAAUACAAUAUUUCUUCGAGGAAUCAUCCUGGCAAAUAGCCAACAUACCCCCUCCCCCUUCACAUCACUUUUUCUGUAUAGUUCACCCUUUUACUGACAACAUUUCUUUGCGUUAACUAUUAUGCAGCAUUUAUUAGUUAACAGUUUUAGGUCCAACAUUUCCUUCUAUUGGAAAUAUACUACAAUCCGAUCUCUGUAUAAACUUUUACUUUUAUAUUCAUUAUUGUGUUCACUAUAUUUCACUGUCGCACAUUUUAAACCUCGAAAGUCGUUUUUUGAGAGCUUCAUGAAUUUCGUCUGCGCUCUUUUGAAAAUGGAAACCCCUAUUUUUGAUUUUUGCCUAGUCUUGAACCUAACGAUUCAAUAAUUUUCAAGGAAUUCAAAUACACGGUUGAUGUUUGGUCGUUUCAAAGAUGUUGUGACCCAGGAAAAAGUGUCCAUAGCUAAAACAGGUAUCAACAUGAGAUUUCGCAUAUCAUGAGGCUUCUGAGAUAAAAAAGGCCAUUUUUAGGAGUAAACUCAGGGAGCUGAAACUACUAGCAAAAAUUAAUAAUAGGGGUAGUGAAAGCUUGACUAAAUUUUGCUGCCUUAAUUUUCUGUAGAGAUUGGAAAAUAUUUUCUGAAUCCAAAAUCUGGCACUAACCAAGAAAAUAUAACUUUUUUCGUUUGUGGUCGACUAAAAUAGUAUUGGAGUGCUCAAAGAACGGCUUUGAACUUCCACUGCCCUGUUUCUGCAAACUAUCUCCUACGUUUAGAAAAAGUGUGAUAUUUAAAUGGCCUUAAUGAUAUUUUCUCGACAAUAAAUGUAAAUAUUUUUGAUACUAUAGGAUGUGACAUCACAUCUUUACAAUUUAAAAUUACCAGUAAUUGUGAUAAUAGUGAACAAAAAAUUAUUUGUGCCUCAUUAGAUGAAUGUUCCUCCAACAUGUUACUACUAGUUGUUACCUUUUAUUCUCUUUGAUAUUGAUUCUCGGUGCCUUUGAAAAGACAUUGUUUAUUUACUCGUAUUUGACUAGGUUAGUUGACAAUAUUUAAGUUGAUGCUUGUAGGUGCUUUCUCGAUUUUUGUCGAAUUGGAUAGUUUUGUAGUUGUCGUAAUUUUAUUCCCUUUUUUCUGAAAAGGUUCGUUUGUUAGAUACCACAAAUUUGGAUGAAGAACGCACAUUGUGGUAGUUUGUGAUAACAUCACUUUUUCGUCUUAAUUUUGGAUCAGUUUUCUGAUAAUGCUCUCUAUUUUUCAUUUGAUACUUAAUAGUGAAAAUCUAUUAUAUACUUAGAAAUUCACAGAUAACGGCAGCUGAUUUUUUUUUCAAUUUUGUAAAUAUUUCUAAUUUUGUGGUAGAAAUAUGCUCUCGAAUAUUUUUGUGCUUUUGAGGUAUUUUCGAACAACGAAUCUCACUAUAUAGUGAAGAAAAUAUCCUCUUUUUAGAUUUAUUUUUUGCUUAUUUUAUAUUUACACUUACGGUUAAGGGUGAGAAGAAAUAUGGAAUCCCCGAACUGCGAAUCAAUAAUACUCAAUUAGCUAUUUGUGAUCAAGCAAUAAUCAAAAGUUCCUUUGAUCAACUUCGUACAUCCUGUUUUGUUCUACCAAUUAUGUACUUUUUUUUUUAGCCUUUUUCGCUUAUUAUUCAUUAUAUAGCUCCGCUUUUUAGGUUCUGGUAGUGUUUUUUUUAUCAAUAUUUUUAUAUCAAUGAUAUAUUGAAGUAAUAAAUUUCUACUCGUUUUA